CGCAUGCGCUUUUCGAACUAUUGGCUUUCAGGGUGGAAUAUGGCAGCGUCCUGAGCGAACCCUGAUCAAGAGAGCGCAAUUGAGCAGAUACGGCAUCGGAUUGGGAAAACAUAAACACUACAGGCACGCACAUUGGAGGGUGGGGGGUUGAGGGUCGGAACUUAAUCGCAUCUGAUAGCGAACAUACAGGUCUAGCCGGAAGAUGAACGUCCUCAAAGACAACAAAGACCUGGCCUGUUUCUACACCACCAAACACUCCUGGAGAGGAAAGUACAAACGAGUCUUCUCCGUUGGCACUCAUGGCAUUACCACAUACAACCCAGCGACACUUGAAGUCACCAACCAGUGGCCGUAUGGGGACAUCUGUGGCAUCACCCCGGUGGGCAAGGGCCAGGGCACCGAGUUCAACCUCACAUUCCGGAAGGGCAGUGGCAAGAAGUCCGAGACGCUCAAGUUCUCCACAGAGCACCGAACAGAGCUGCUCACAGAGGCACUGAGAUUCAGAACAGACUUCUCUGAGGGGAAAAUCACUGGCAGGCGCUACAACUGCUACAAGCACCACUGGAGCGACACACGGAAGUUGGUGGGCAUGGAGGUGACCCCGGGGGGCAUCGACCAGAUCGACCCCCAGACCAACCGGGUGGUGUGCUCCUAUGACUACCGCUCAGUCGAGGGAUUCGCCGAGGUCAGCGAUUACCAGGGGGGCUUCUGCAUCCUCUAUGGAGGCUUCAAUCGCCUGCACCUGUUUGCGUCGGAGCACCGAGACGAGAUUAUCAAAAGUGCCAUCGAGCACGCGGGCAACUUCAUCGGAAUCAUGCUGCGGCUGCGCAAGGACCCGCUGGCCUUUGAGGACUUUGUGACCGGCCGACUUGGGAAGUACGCCUCGGACGAGUGCAUCACAUCCCUGGCGGAGUUUGUGGUGCAGAAGAUCUCCCCGCGCCACUCGGAACCCGUAAAAAGGAUCCUGUGCCUGACUGAGACAUGUCUGGUUGAGAGAGACCCGGCCUCUUACAACAUAGCCACCAUCAAGCCCUUUGAAGAGGUGUUUGCGCUUAUCUGUGAUGCGGAAAACCCCCAGGUGUUCACCAUAGAGUUCAUCCGAGGCCAGAUCAGGAAAUACUGUUCCACAGACAGGGACUCCCUGAUGGCCAGCCUGCUGGAUGGGGUGCGGGCGUCCGGUAACAGGGAUGUGUGUGUGAAGAUGGCCCCCACCCAACGGGGCCAGCGCUGGGGCCUCUUGAGCAUGCCAGUGGAUGAGGAAGUGGAGAGCCUGCACCUCAAAUUCCUGGCUGCGCCUCCAAAUGGAAACUUUGCCGACGCCGUGUUCAGAUUCAACGCCAACGUGUCCUACAGCGGCGUCCUGCACGCCGUCACCCAAGAUGGCCUGUUUUCGGAGAACAAGGAGAAACUGAUAAGCAACGCCAUCUUGGCCCUGCUGUCCCAGGAGUGUGAGCUGCCGGGUCCCAACGCCGAGCUGGAGAGCCACUUCCAGGCCAUCCGUCGCCUCGUCGCCUCCAAGGCUGGCUUUCAGGCCUUCACGCAGCUUCCCAGGUCUGGUCAGGGGUCUGGACUCACAGAUGGAACGUUCCGGGAGAAGUUGGGGGUGAAGACGGUGAAAGCCCUGAAGAGGAAUAACAAUGGAGUGACACACGCCGCCAUCGACAUGCUCUGUGCCCUCAUGUGUCCGAUGCACGAUGACUACGACCUGCGACAGGAGCAACUGAACAAAGCCUCCCUAAUGUCCUCCAAAAAGUUCCUGGAGAACCUUCUGGAGAAGUUCAUAAGCAACGUGGACCACGGCACUGGGGCGCUUGUGAUCAGCUCGCUGCUGGACUUUCUGACCUUUGCCCUGUGCGCCCCCUACAGUGAGACCAGUGAGGGUCAGCAGUUUGACAUGCUACUGGAGAUGGUUGCCUCCAAUGGGCGCACUCUCUUCAAACUCUUCCAGCAUCCCUCCAUGGCCAUUGUCAAAGGAGCUGGUCUGGUCAUGAAGGCCAUAAUUGAGGAGGGGGACAAGGAGAUAGCCACUAAGAUGCAGGAGUUGGCUCUGAGUGAAGGGGCGUUGCCCAGACACCUCCACACCUCCAUGUUCACCAUCAGCUCAGACCAGAGGAUGCUCACCAACAGGCAGCUGAGUCGUCACUUGGUUGGCCUGUGGACGGCAGAAAACCCAGUCGCCAUGAAUCUUCUGAAGAGAAUACUGCCAACGGGUCUCCUAUCAUACCUGGACAGCUCCGAUCCCGUGCCCGAGAAAGACGUGGACAGAAUGCACAUCCGAGACAAUGUCAAGAUCGCCACGGAUCAGUUCGGUCGGCAGAAGGUGCCCGACUGGCAACGUGUGGCUGGCAAGGCAGCCAAAGAGGUGGAGAAGUUUGCCAAGGAGAAGGCUGACAUUGUGCUAAUGCACUGGAGGGACAAGAUGGGCAUCGCCCAGAAGGAGCAGGACAGAAAUAACCUGAACCCCAACCAAAAGCCUGUCAUUCUGAGGAAGAGGAGGCAGAGGAUCAAGAUCGAAUCCAACUGGGAGCUUUUUUACUACAGGUUCCAGUUGGACCACGCGCGUCCCAACCUUAUCUGGAACCUGAAGACGAGGGAGGAGCUGCGGGACGCUCUGGAGGCCGAGAUGAGGGCCUUUGGCGUGGACCGCGAGCUGGGUAACGCCAGCGUCAUCUCCUGGAACCACCAGGAAUUUGAGGUGAAGUAUGAUUGCCUAUCGGACGAGAUCAAGAUUGGUGAUUAUUACCUGCGUUUGCUGCUUGAAGAGGAUGAGACGGAUGAGUCAGGGGUCAUCAAGAGAUCGUAUGAGUUCUUCAACGAGCUCUACCACCGUUUCCUGCUCACCCCCAAAGUCUCCAUGAAGUGCCUCUGUCUGCAGGCUCUUACCAUCGUAUAUGGGAAGUGCUGUGAGGAGAUCGGCCCCUUCACGGACACCAAGUACAUCGUGGGCAUGCUGGACCGGUGUACGGACAAACUGGAAAGGGACAGGCUGAUCCUUUUCCUCAACAAACUCAUCCUCAACAAGAAGAAUGUCAAGGAGGUCAUGGACUCGAACGGAGUGCGCAUCCUGGUGGACCUCCUCACCCUUGCCCAUUUGCACACCAGCCGAGCCACUGUCCCCCUACAGAGCAACGUGAUCGAGGCCGGGGUGGAUAUGAGGAGGGAGAGUGAAAAGGAGUGGUACUUCGGCAACGCUGAUAAAGAGAGGAGAGGCCCCUUCAGCUUUGAAGAGAUGCAGGAGUUCUGGAACACGGGCGUGCUGACGGCCAAGACGCGGUGCUGGGCGCAGGGCAUGGACGGCUGGCGCCCUCUGCAGGCCAUCCCUCAGCUCAAGUGGUGCUUGUUGGCCAGCGGGCAGGCGGUGAUGAACGAGACAGACCUGGCCACGCUCAUCCUCAACAUGCUCAUCACCAUGUGUUCAUACUACCCCAGCCGGGAUCAGGACAAUGCCAUCAUCCGUCCCUUACCCAAGAUCAAGAGGAUGAUCAGCGAUAACACCUGCCUCCCGCAUAUUGUCCAACUGCUGCUGACCUUUGACCCCAUCCUGGUGGAGAAGGUGGCCAACGUGCUGUACCUGGUGAUGCAGGACAACCCCAACCUGCAGCGCCUCUACCUCACUGGCAUCUUCUUCUUCAUCAUGAUGUACACUGGCUCCAACGUGCUCCCUGUGGCCAGGUUCCUGAAGUACACUCACCUGAAGCAGGCCUUCAAGUCAGAAGAAGCCAAAGGCACGGACAUCGUCCAGCGCAGUGUUCUGGGGCCGGUGAUGCCCGAGGCCAUGGUGUGCUACCUGGAGAACUACGAGCCUGAGCGCUUCUCUGAGAUCUUCUUGGGGGAGUUUGACACGCCUGAGGCAAUCUGGAGCAGCGAAAUGAGGCGGAUGAUGAUUGAGAAAAUCGCAGCCCACCUGGCCGACUUCAGCCCCCGGCUGUACAGCAACACACGGGCCCUUUACCAGUAUUGCCCCAUCCCCGUCGUCAGCUACCCUCAGCUGGAGAACGAGCUCUUCUGUAACAUCUACUACCUCCGCCACCUGUGCGACGCCAACCGCUUCCCCAACUGGCCCAUCCGCGAGCCCGUGAAGCUGCUGAAGGACACCCUGGAGGCCUGGAAGAAGGAAGUGGAGAAAAAACCCCCCUCAAUGUCUGUGGACGACGCGUAUGAAGUUCUAAACCUGCCUAUAGGACAGGGACAGCACGAGGAGAGCAAGAUCCGCAAGGCUUACUUCAGACUGGCCCAGAAGUACCAUCCGGACAAGAACCCAGAGGGCCGGGAUAUGUUUGAGAAGGUGAACAAGGCCUACGAGUUCCUGUGCACCAAGUCGGCCCGCAUCAUCGACGGCCCUGACCCUGAGAAUAUCAUCCUCAUCCUGAAAGCCCAAAGCAUCCUCUUCAACAGACACAAGCAAGAACUGGAACCGUACAAAUACGCCGGCUACCCCAUGCUCAUCAAGACCAUCACCAUGGAGACCGGUGACGAGCAGCUGUUCUCCAAGACCUCCCCUCUGCUCCCAGCUGCCAUCGAGCUGGCCUUCCACACAGUCAACUGCUCUGCUCUCAACGCUGAGGAACUACGCAGAGAAAAUGGCAUUGAGAUUCUAUUGGACGCGCUAUCCCGCUGUGUCUCUGUCUUAACCGCUUCCAGCAAAGCCGACGACAUGGCUGUCCAGGUGUGCGGCCUGGUGUGUAAGUGUUAUAGCGUGGCGGCUCAGUUUGAAGAGUGCCGGGAGAAGAUCAUCGAGCUGCCCAACAUCAUCCGGGACCUGUGUCACGUGCUCUACUACGGGAAGGGCCUCCCGCGGACGGCGGCGCUGGCUGUUCAGUGCGUCAGCUCUUUCGCCGUGGACUACUUCCUGCAGACGCACCUGUACCACGCUGGGGUCCUCUGGCACCUCCUGGUGCACCUGUUCAACUACGACUACACGCUGGAGGAGAGCGGCGUGGCCGCCAGCCAGGACACCAACCAGCAGGAGGUGGCAAACAGCCUGGCCAAACUCAGCCUGGUGGCGCUGAGCCGCCUGGGGGGCUACACCCCGCCGCCCCCGGGAGAAGGAGGCACCGCCGAGACUAACGGGGUGGAGGGGCAGCCUCCGGAGAACCCCACCAUCCGGAAGAGCCUGGCGGCCAUGCUCACGCCGUAUAUUUCCAGGAAGUUAGGCUCGGGAAUGCCGGCCGAGGUGCUGAAGCUGCUCAACAGUAACUCUGAGAACCCGUACCUGAUCUGGAACAACGGCACGCGGGCCGAGCUGCUGGAGUUCCUGGAGGCCCAGCAGGAGGCCAACAUCAGGAGGGGCGAGAACGAUAAAAGCUUUGGCUCAGAGUUUGUGUUCAAUGACCACGGCAAGGAGCUGAUAGUGGGCGAGAUCUUUGUCCGGGUCUACAACGAGCAGCCAGCUUUCCCUCUGGAGUACCCCAAGGCGUUUGCAGCCAGCCUGCUGGACUAUGUGGGCUCCCAGGCCCAGUACCUCACCACCUUACUGGCCAUGUCACAGAGCAACAAGGUAGAGUCACAGCAGCAUGCCGAGAGGCUCCGAUGGGCUGAGAUGGCCCUGGAGGCCCUGCGGAAUGUCAUCAAGAACAACCCAGGUUCAGAGACUGAGUGCAUCGGCCAUUUCAAGCUGCUCUUUUCCUUGUUACGAGUUCACGGGGCUGGGAAAGUGCAGCAGCUCGCUCUGGAGGUGGUGAACACCGUCACGUCUAACCAGGACUGUGUGGCAAACAUUGCAGAAUCCUUGGUGCUGUCCAACCUACUGGUGUUACUGCACUCUCUUCCCUCCAGCCGGCAGCUUGUACUGGAAACUCUGUACGCCUUGACCUCCAACACUAAGAUAGUCAAGGAAGCAAUGGUGAAGGGCGCGUUGAUCUACCUUCUGGACCUCUUCUGUAACUCCACCCACCCCCAGGUCCGCUCCCAGACCGCCGAGCUCUUCUCCAAGAUGACCUCGGACAAGCUGGUGGGGCCUAAGGUGCGGCUGACUCUGAUGCGCUUCCUGCCGGGCGUGUUCAUGGACGCCAUGCGGGACAACGCGGAGGCGGCGGUGCACAUUUUCGAGGGGACCCACGAGAACCCCGAGCUCAUCUGGAACGACAGCUCGCGGGAGACUGUUUCCACCACCGUCCGGGAGAUGAUGCUGGAGCACUUUAAGCAGCAAAAGGAUAAUCCUGACGUUAACUGGAGACUGCCGGAGGAGUUCACGGUGCCCUACGGGGCGGGGCAGGGUGAGCUGGCGGUAGGCGGAGUCUUCCUGCGUAUCUUCAUCGCUCAGCCGGGCUGGGUGCUGCGCAAACCCCGCGAGUUCUUAGUGUCCCUUCUGGAGAUCCUUACUGAACUCUACGAGAAGAACAACCCCAAUGGCGAGGCCCUGGAGACUGUUAGCACGGCGGCCGUGUGUCUCUUCAGCACCCAGACCCAGCUGUGUGACCAGGUACCGCCCCUCGGACACCUGCCACGUGUCCUGGCGGCACUGACCCACAAGAACAACGCCGUGCCCAAGAGCGCCAUCCGCGUCAUCCAUGUACUCUCGGAUAACGAGCAAUGUGUGCGUUCCAUGGCUGCUCUGGAGACCAUCGGCCCUCUGAUGAACGGAAUGAGAAUGAGGGCAGAUAUGGCAGGAUUGGCAUGUGAGGCACUCAACCGCAUGUUCCAGAGGGAGCAGACAGACCUCGUGGCCCAGGCCCUCAGAGUAGACCUGGUGCCCUACCUUCUGCGGCUACUGGAAGGGAUCGGGCUGGAGACUUUGGACAACCCUUCGGCUACCAAGGCUCAGAUCGUCAAGGCUCUCAAGUCCAUGACGCGCAGUCUGCAGUAUGGAGAACAGGUCAAUGAUAUACUGGCUCGGUCCACUGUGUGGAGUGCCUUCAAAGACCAGAAACAUGACCUGUUUAUCUCCGAGUCCCAGACAGCAGGAUACCUCACAGGUCCCGGAGUAGCUGGCUAUCUUACGGCAGGAACCGGCUCCACGGUCCUGCCAUGUGUUCCGCCCCCUGUGGACAAUGACAUUGGAGACUCUGGCUGAUGACCAACUGAAGUGCUCAGGCAUCCUGACCGCUGUGCGGCUCCCAGGCUGCAGCUCAGAGAGACUGCUCAGCUUCCCGCAGGAGGAAGAAAGAGGAAAGGGGGGGCCAGCAUAAGACUCGUCACUGUCUCCAUAAUGUCUGCCGUCAAACCCCUUGAAAUGUCACUCCCUCCACCAAACAGCACUGUCUUCAUAUACUUCUGUUGAAUUGCCCUAAAGCAAAUGAUAACACUCAUAUUGUCAUGUCAUUGUUUGUGUUGCUUUGUUUCUUCCAUUGAGACAAUAGUUUACUUUUUUAUGAGUAUAUUUUGUGUGUUUGGUGCGGGGGAGGGACAAACAGAAGAAUCGGGGUCUAUGUGCAUUUGGACCUGCCUCUCCCUGCGUUUUCUCUCCUUCCAGUCCACCAGGUGGCACUAAUCUGCCUGUCAACACACCCUCCUGUAGGAGGCUACUGUAUGUGUCUCUUACCUGGACAUGUGAGCACAGGACAAAGAUGAACCUUCAUCUCUGCGGCUCAUCUGCUGCAGUUUCCUAUUUUCUUAAUUUUUUUGGUAGCACAUAAGAGGUUGAACAAAGUUGUGUGAAGAAACGUACAGGAUUUCAAUGUAUUAUUGCUCUGAUACCCCCCCCAUUCCUCUAAAGGGAUCAGUGCUGGGACUUGGAGACCAGCCCUGUCUGCCUGUCUUCAAGAGGCCACACACAUCUAUUUGUUGUCUCCUGUUUGUUUUAUUUUGCCUAUCAUGAUGACACGCUGCCACUAGAAUCUUUCUGUAUUAUUUUCCUUCCCCUGAAUGCAAAAAGCACUAGAAUAUUUAUAGGUAAAUAACAGCCUUUACCAACUGAAAUUACAUGAGGAUUGAUACUGACUGAUUAUACAUCUGUGUGAAAGACUAGUGCAAUUGUGAAAUGUUCAAUGUAAUAUGACGUAUAUAAACUUUCUAUAUAGAAUGUACAUUUAAAAAAAUCUGCCACACUUGUACAUAAAAUUUUAAGAAUAAAAGGGAAGCCACAGU